AUGAACCACUCCACGACUAAAUGGAAUUCCGUGAGCCCAAGCAACACCUCAGCCAACCUGUCCAAUCACCGCGCUUGCCCACUGGGCUUCGGCUAUUACGACAUGGUUGAUGUAUGUGUUUUGGAGACUGUGAUCAUUGUGCUGUUGACAGUCCUGAUCAUCAUGGGGAAUCUGACGGUCAUCUUUGUGUUCCACUGUGCCCCCCUCCUUCACCACUACACCACCAGCUACUUCAUUCAGACGAUGGCCUAUGCUGACCUGUUCGUAGGGGUAAGCUGCUUGGUUCCUGCUCUCUCCCUCCUUCACUACUCCACAGGCAUGCAGGAGUCCCUGACCUGCCAGGUGUUUGGGUACAUCAUUUCAGUGUUGAAGAGCGUUUCUAUGGCGUGUCUGGCAUGCAUCAGUAUUGACCGCUACCUUGCCAUAACCAAACCGCUCUCCUAUAGCCAACUGGUAACUCCGUGCCGCCUUAGGAUCUGUAUCAUUCUCAUAUGGAUUUACUCCGGGACAGUGUUCUUGCCCUCGUUCUUUGGAUGGGAGAAGCCAGGAUAUCACGGAGACAUCUUUGAAUGGUGUGCCACCUUCUGGGAAACUAAUGCUUACUUCACAGGCUUUAUAGUCUGCCUGCUGUAUGCCCCAGCAGCCUUCAUUGUUUGCUUCACCUACUUCCACAUAUUUAAAAUUUGCCGGCAACACACCAAAGAAAUCAAUGAACGCCGUGCCCGAUUCCCCAGCCAGGACGUGGAAGCUGCCGAAGGUAGUCCCAGCCCCGACCGGCGCUAUGCAAUGGUCCUGUUUCGGAUUACAAGUGUCUUCUACGUGCUGUGGCUUCCCUACAUUGUUUAUUUCCUGCUGGAGAGCUCGCGUGUGCUGGAAAGCCCUUCGCUGUCCUUUGUGACGACGUGGCUGGCCAUAAGCAACAGCUUCUGCAACUGCCUCAUCUACAAUCUCUCUAACAGCGUCUUCAGGCUGGGAUUACGGAGACUAUGGGAAGCCCUCUGCUCAUUGUGCAUGUGCUUGGGAGAUGAGGCUAUGCGAGAUCCCAUACCCAGGAAGAGAGCCAAUUCCUGCUCCAUCUAA